UUUGUCCAAGCCAGGCUUCCGUUUCUCUCCGACAUAUUGUCUGCGGACAGCAAAUUCUGGAAGGCUGAGAGCGCCCAAGGAUUACGAUUUAUUUAUCGUAAGAAACAGAACUAUCGGACACAUCAGACAAAAUGGAGACCACUGCGAGUCCCGCAAAGGAUAACUACCGAAUGAACCGCUACAAGAACAAAGCCCUGAACCUGGAGGAGAUGCGUCGCCGGAGGGAGGAGGAGGGCGUCCAGCUCAGGAAACAGAAACGAGAGGAGCAGCUGUUCAAGAGGAGAAAUGUAGAGAUGCUAAAUGAGGAGGCGGGAGUAUUCGACAGCCCCCUCAUGGAUGCCUUCAUCAGCUCCACCACGGCUGGGGAGGGCGUCAUCAGCAGAGACAUGGUGGAGAUGCUCUUCUCUGAAGAUCCGGAAAUGCAGCUUGCCACCACACAGAAAUUCAGAAAGCUUCUGUCGAAGGAGCCAAAUCCGCCCAUCGAUGAGGUUAUCAACACCCCUGGGGUCGUAGAGAGGUUCGUCGAGUUCCUGAAGAAAAGUAUCAACUGCACUCUGCAGUUUGAGGCUGCCUGGGCGUUAACCAACAUCGCCUCUGGGACAUCCCAGCAGACCAAGAUUGUAAUUGAAGCUGGGGCGGUCCCCAUCUUCAUCGAGCUUCUCAACUCUGAUUUUGAGGAUGUGCAGGAACAGGCUGUGUGGGCUCUAGGGAACAUCGCAGGUGACAGUGCAGUGUGCAGAGACUAUGUACUAAACUGUAACAUCCUGCCACCACUGUUAAUGUUGUUGACCAAGUCCACCAGACUGACGAUGACCAGGAAUGCUGUUUGGGCACUAUCAAACCUGUGCCGGGGAAAAAGUCCACCACCAGAGUUUGAAAAGGUUUCGCCGUGCCUGCCUGUCCUGUCCAGGUUGCUGUUCAGCAGCGAUCCGGAUCUGCUGGCAGACGCGUGCUGGGCCCUGUCCUACCUCUCAGACGGGCCCAACGAGAAGAUCCAGGCCGUCAUCGACUCGGGGGUCUGCAGGAGGCUGGUGGAGCUGUUGAUGCACACAGACUACAAGGUGGCCUCACCAGCUCUGAGGGCUGUGGGGAAUAUUGUCACCGGUGAUGACAUUCAGACGCAGGUGGUGCUGAACUGCUCUGCCCUGCCCUGUCUCCUGCACCUCCUGAGCAGCGCCAAGGAGUCCAUCCGCAAGGAGGCCUGCUGGACCAUCUCUAACAUCACAGCGGGUAACCGAGCGCAGAUCCAGACGGUAAUAGAUGCGAACAUCUUCCCCGUCCUGAUUGAGAUUCUUCAGAAGGCAGAGUUCCGCACAAGGAAAGAGGCGGCGUGGGCAAUCACGAACGCCACGUCGGGCGGGACCCCCGAGCAGAUCAGGUACCUGGUGAACCUGGGCUGCAUCAAACCACUGUGUGACCUGUUGACUGUCAUGGACUCCAAGAUUGUGCAGGUGGCUCUCAAUGGCUUGGAGAACAUCCUCAGACUGGGCGAGCAGGAAGCCAAGAAGGACGCCAAGCAAAACGGCAGCGGCAUCAAUCCCUACUGCAGUCUGAUCGAGGAGGCAUACGGACUGGACAAGAUCGAAUUCCUGCAGAGUCACGAGAACCAGGAGAUCUACCAGAAGGCCUUCGACCUGAUCGAGCACUACUUCGGCGUGGAGGAGGAGGACGCCAGCCUGGCCCCGCAGGUGGAUGAGAACCAGCAGCAGUACCUCUUCCCUCAGCAGGAGGCGCCCAUGGAAGGCUUCCAGCUAUAACCGCUCCGCCCCGUUUGGGCCCCCUCCCCCCCCCACCCCGCGCAGUCGCACCAUCCCAAACCCAACGGCACGCUGCUGGGCCUAGCGGAGAGCCGCUGCCAUUCCGAUCUGAGCGCCCAGCACCAAGGCCCGAGCCUGCCGAGCCCACGAGCAGCUCCACACCACCUCUGCUUCUGUUGCCCAUGGUAUAUUCCUAUUCGGUUUUUUUUUUCCCCAGCGCUUGCUUUUGUACUAUCUCUAGGGUCAGAUUUCGCUGGACACGAUUUCAGAGUAGCACUAGGCAGCCCGGUUUGGAAUUCUUUGGGAGCGCAGUGCAUGCUUUUUUUUUUUUUUUUUUUGGAGGACUUUAGGAUCCUAAUACUGUAGGAUCAGAAUCAAACCUGUCUGACAUGAGGAGGGAUCUCCCUUUUGGGGGGAAACGUAGGCCCCCCCCCCCCCCCCCCGUUCUGUCUGUAGGUAAUUUCAGUAAGCCACAUAUCUAUAUACCGCUAAUGGAAAAUGGAGCUGAGCUGCAAUGCGUCCCUAAAUCCAAAAUGUACAAUUCAUUCUCGGACCUUGUGUUUUUCCAGCAUAAGAUAUAGUACGUGUCACUGAGUGAGUUUGGCACUGGAUAUCGAAGUUUCUUUUGCUACUGAUGCUGAAAGUAUUUGUUUUCUUUUUGUUUUUGUUCUCACCAUUUUUGAAUUGGCAAAAUAAUUACCUUAAUUUGGUUUAAUUUAAAUAUAUAUUUUAAAAGUUUGGGGAUAAUAUGGGCUUUUUUUGGGGGCCGGGGGGGCAGGAGUCUGAGAAUGAAUUAGAGAUAGGGACUGGGGAAGGCGGUGCGAAUGGGUGGUUGGAACAUGGGUUGGGGAUAUCUACUGGAGAUAUCUUGGAAGAGGUUUGUGAGUUUCAAAAUGUAUAGGUUAGUAGCUGAUCAAAGGUGAUAUAACUAGUGAUAUAUUUGUUGUGUGCCGUGUUAUUAAUAACGAUAAAUUUAAAAUAUCAAAUAAAUUAAUGAAUAGAUGCAAGAUUUAAAAGUACACAUCCGAGGGGGCUGGGCAGCUGUCUGCGGCAGCAGAUUAUGUACAUUUGUCAAACGGAGCUUAUUUUUUAUAUAUGCAUAUAGGUAUAAAGAUAUUUACAUUGAGAGUCUUAAUUUGGCUUUCACAUUUCUUUCUUUUUUUCUUUUUCUUUUUUUGAAUUGAAAUCCAAUGUAAAUAGAGAUGCUGUUAGCAUGUAGCCCAGGCCUUGCAUACCCCCAGUUUGUGUACUUUAGGGUUUCGCAUGGUGUUAAUAUUAUAUUACCAACUGUCAUUUUGCCUCCCUUGCCAAACACUUGGAGAUAAAUGGGAUCUGGUGUUCUACCGCUCCCGUCAGCUGAACAUUCAACAACAUUGAAAAACUAUAUAUAAAACAUACUGAUGUUUGGGGAAAAAUAAUUACAAGGAAUGUUACGAUUAAACAGAAAUUGCACACGUCUGACCCAUAGACUGGCUGAGUAGAACCAACCGCUUUUGUCUAAAGAUGGUUCUGGACAAUGAGCAAUUUCAGUGCAGUAAAAAAGACGUAUGAAGCCUUGUUCUUGGUUCCAAGGUGGUCAAGCAGUUAUACUGCCCAGUUGCAUUGUCCCUCUGCAUUGCGGUGACAUAACUGGAAUGUGUGUACGCCUGUGUGUGAGCUUCAAAAAGUACAAACCAGUGCACUGGUGAGGACAUUGUCCUUUAGGAGAUGCUGUUUCUGGUCCGGUCUCAUUGAGGUUUCAAAUCUUUUGGCACUUAUCUUGGGAGGCGCUCCUCCAUUUGCUGGCCAAAGUCUUGGACACAGUUGGAGCAACCAAAUGGCCUUCCACCAGUGUAAUGGAAUGGGUUAAAUCCUUGUGUCCGCUAGGUUCCUGUUUAUUGCUAGUGAUGGAAAUGAGUGGCCUCUCUUCAUUUGAAGUCUUGAUGGGCAAUGAUAUAUGACUGAUGUAUUGUUGUUUGACGCCAUUUUAAUUGCACACGUAGUUGUUGCUUUGAUUUCCAGAAGAAAGGCGGAGAACAGUUCAAGUGGAAUAUUGGCCAACCUUUAACUUGGGUUCUCUUAAGCUGUCCUGGCUUAGUCCAGAUGCAUGUGCUUUUAUUUCAGUCGGCAUUAAAAGCUUCCUUGCCGAUUGUUAGUUUAAUAUUAAUGGUUAAUAUGUGCAAUUCAUUUCCACAAUGGACAAAAAUUGUUUGCAACAAUCCCAGUAAUAUAUUACGAACCAUUAACUUUGGUAUCAAUUGUGGGAAAACCUCUCCAGAUGUAUACAUUUAAAAAUGUUGUUUCAGAUCUACACAAAGCCAGCUAAAUGGCAAGAUCUCUUCAGUCUAGUUACUAGGUGGUAUUUGGAUGGGAAAGUUAUAAAGGCAUUUGGUGGGUCAGAUGCAUGGUCUGUGGAGACAUCUGUGUCUUCCAAUAUUCACCUGAAAGGCUCUUGCUGUACAUAGUUUAUUACUAUAUAUUUUUAUAUUUGUUCUUCCCCCCGCCCCCCAAUCCAUCUAGCUGAUGAUUCUCAAGCUUUGGCAAGGGAAAGAAGUCUUGCAUUAAAGGCAAAUGUAACCAGAAAUUUAAAAAUAUAUAUAAAUGUUUGCACACUACUUUCACACAUGCAUACAAGACCAGCCAACACUGUACACUUAUACUCACCAUAGCUACACAACACAACAGAGGAAAAUGGCUUCCAUAAUCUAGCCUUGAAGGAAAAAUCUUUGCAUGGCUUUUUUGUGCAAGCUACAACCGAAUUCUUUUUGACGUUCAUGUGUAAAUGCACUCUGGAUUUUUGUUUCCCCCCCCCCCCCCCCCUCCUUUUCUUGACUUUCUGUUUCUUCCUUUAAAAAAGUGAAAAAAAAAAAGAAGAAAAAAAAAAAAGCACCCUCACUCCUCACCUUGUGAGCACAUUACGUUGGGCAGGUGGGUCAUCGGCACUUGUGGAUUAGGAGUAUAAAAAGUAAUGCUGGCUUAAAAAAGAAAAAAAAAGAAAAACCUCUUUAAAACUGUGACUCUGUUUUUUUGUGGUAAAAGUAUAGCCACCGUAUUCCCAAAUUAUGGAAGCGUUUUUCUCUACCUCUGCGUCAUACAGACUGGAUUGAUGCUUUAUCGUGUUGGGGUGCGGGGUUGGCCACUUAAACACUAAGUGGUCAACACUGACGGACAGAUUCUCUGCGAGAGACCGGUUUGUCCUGCGUAUGCCCACCUUUAUUCACCACAGAUUGUGGUUCUUGGUUGAUCAGUUCUUGACAACGGAACCAGCCAGUUUGUUCACAUACCCUUGACAGUUGGUGGACAUUGGGUUUAUUUUAUUUUUUUGGUUCUCCCCCAAUACGUUCUGACAAUUUCCGUCAUUAUUUUCAAUGUGACAAGCUGUGGUUCUUUGACCCAAUUCCUUCCUUAAUUAACUUUAAACCUGAACAAUCUAGCCCUGAUUUGUCAUAAGACCAUUGGCCAAAAAAUCCCUGAAUCCUCUGUUAUGAACCAAGUCAAAAAGCCAGUUCUUGGGUGUUUUAUGUCAGUUAUUGGUUACAUGGCUUACAAUUAGCUCCCAGAGAAAUGGGUUACUUGGUUACCUUGAACAUGUAACAUUUUGAAUACAGUGACUUGCACCAAAUAAUAGUUGCAAAAAAGCAGCAAAAGGCAAAAAAAUGUAAAAGUGCCAUUGACUAGAAGUUGCAGAGCACAUUCAUUAUUCUUUUUUUUUUUUCCUGAAAGUUGGUCAGGUUACUGUCACUGUAUUUUCACCCAAUGGAACCAUUACCUCUGUCUAGCUUUCUUGAAUCUGUAUUCUAAGCACAAUCUCUAAAAUUGAUUUUGUUGAUUGUUACUCUGUUCACCUAUAAAACAUAUUGUUUGAGACAUUUAACCUUUCCGCAUACUUCGUUUUUGAAGUCAACAGCCUUUACGUUUGUUAAAUAAUUCAUUUCAUUUCUUUCGACUCUCAGUCCCUCUGCUCGAAAGAACCCCCCAAUCCUUUGUUCAGUACCCUCAAUUGUUAUUGAAAUCUGCUCUGUUAACUAUGCAAAAUGGGAGUGAGGCGUUCUGACCAAGGGCACUUACUUGGCUACACGUUAUUACAAAUUGUGUAGAAGUAUUCUUUUUCACGGCCCCCCCCCCUUCUACCUGAUUUGUUGCAUACCAUUUUACAAAUUUCAGAUUGAUAGCUAAAGUGUUAAGUUUUGGGAGAGGUGGGGAAGAGGUUUCCACCACAGCCUCUUCAACUUCUUGCUGGCAUACAUUAUUGUGGUGAAAGUAGGGAAAAUGUUAAGUUUAAAGAGCUUGUAGAAGUGCGUGACUUGGAGUGGAUAAAUUAUUGCCUUGUUGAGUUCAGCAGGCAAUGAGUUUAUGGUUUACGGAUGAUGGGACGGCUCACGCCUGCUUUAGAAGUGCUCCCUAACCUCACCUACGCUUCACCUCAUUGGCUCGCUGCCAAAACCUCGCUCAACCGACGCCUGUUGUACACGCUCCAGGUUCUUUUCUCGCUACUUGGUUUUUGUCCUGUUAUUUUAAAGACCAGUGAGGUAUAAAAAAAAAAUAAAAAAAGAGGAACAAACAAAUGAAAAAAUAAACAAAACAAACAAUGCACUCCUAUUCACUAAAGUGCCAAUCCGACCAAUAAAGACUGAAGGUUGAUGUAUAUCGUCUGUCUUUACGACUUUUGUUUUUUACUUGAAUAUGCACAAAUAGUGUGCAACUUGUUGCUGCUUUUUUCCUUACCUAUAAAAUUGCAUUACCCACUACAAUUUCUGUAAAGAAAUGUGGCAUACUUUGCAGUUGGUGCACUAAAUUCUUUUAUUGGAUCAGAAUAGAGGAAUUAAUCAUUUGAGGUGUAUAUUGUUCAUUUUUCUAAUUUAUUCUGUGGUACUUUAUUCAGAAUUCAUCUGACCGUGCUUUUGUAAUUGCUUUUUUCUUUUGUCUUUGUCUGCUUGCAAACCCAAGUUGCAAAUAUGUUCCAGGAGUUCAGUGUCUCUUGUCAGUUCCCAGUGUUAGUCAUGAUGUGUGUACUUUUUACACUGUUGCAUACUUUCAUAACUGGGUUUUACAAGGUGGUAUAUUCUUUUGAAUAUUAUCGGCCACAUUUUGACCAGUGUUAGUGCUAGUCAGUUUUCAGGGAUGUAGUGUCAAGCAGUGUCAAUACAAACCAUUUGGAUGUUGCAAUCUUCCAGCUAAGUGCAUUUCUUUUUUUAAAUUGCAAAUUACAACAUUUAGUCACCAGCUUUGAAGUUGUACUUACUUCCAUGUCAAAAGUCAGUUUUGUUCUGCAUAAAACAAUAUUUAAAAUUGAAGCAUUUCUAAAGUUUCAAGACAUGAUUUACAAAUUGAGUGACAUUGAGUGGGGUUGUUUUUCUGAAUGAAAAAAAAUGAUAACAUCGAUUUGGAGUAGCAAUAAAUGAGGGUUUCAGACUAAAUAUCGCCAACUCUCCUCUCAAACACUCCUUCAGGUAUAUUGUUCAGGCUGUUGGCCGUAUUGUUGGUAUACAUAAUUGAAACCACUGCUUGACUACAUAAAAUCCUGGCUUCAGAGAUAAUGAGCUCGUUUACAAAACAGAGUAUCAUAUCAAGUAGAGCUCUGGUAAUAGGUUAUUUCAUAUGAAUGAAUACAGCAAUUGUCCUGAUGUAAUUGCAUUUGCUUCUAAGAAGUGUUGAAAAUAUUCAAAUGUAUUUUGCUUUCUAUAGACAAAAAAAAAAAAGGAGACGCCAGUUAUUUCAUUCUUGUCUUCCGUCCCAGAUAUUGUACACUUUGUAAUUAUCCAUAGCAGACCUAUCCAUUAUUGUCCCAUUACAAAAUAUCUUCCCUGAGUCUUUGUUUUCAAACUUCUAAGAGUGCUGACCUACAACUGUUUACAUUACAAAAUGUGUAUCGUAUUGGUAGAAAACAAAUUUUCAUAUAUUGAAAGUGGGCAGCCAAGAUAUUGUUUGUCCUAAAAUUUUUCUUCCUUUUAAAUGUUUUUAUUUGGAGUCCUUUUGAUAGCUUGCUAUUGCCCAUGUUACUUGACAUGCGACGGACUUGACUUUACCGACCGUAUGAAUGCGUGACGGCACACUGAUAUACAUGUAAACUGAUCAUGACACACAAACAUGUACACACAAAAAAACAAAUGCAUUCAAAUGUCCAAGUUUUUUUUUCUCUUAUGGUUACAAGUAAUGUACAGAAAAUGAAAAAAUAAAAUUAAAUAAAAUCCUCUUGCAAUUC